CUGUUUGUUCGCCGUCGUCGUCGUCGUUGCGCUGAACACGUUCAGGCCCGACUCCUACCUCAUCUACGGAAAUCAGAAAAGUAGUCGAGAGUAGACAGCCGUUAGGUGAUCACACGCGGCGCGCGGGCUCCGAGCGGAAAAAAAGUUUUGUUGAUUUGGCUGGUUGGUUCAGAGGAGGUUUCCGAGGAACCCCUGGUCUCGAGUUUCGGAACCGUUCUCGGUGAGCUUCCGUCGUCUAGGGCGGUAUUGUUCUGCGGAAGCGCCUGGCAGCAGUGUAGCGUGAUCAGCUCAAGACACAGUGGAGAACAACAGCGUGUACUUAAGAACCCAUUGGUUCUGGGGAUCGUAGCAGGCGAAGUGGUAGCAGCAGGUGCGAACGCGCCUACUUCUCUAGUGUUCAGUGGUGCAAUACAGCUUGUUAGCCAAAAUGACGUUUCGAAGCGAUCUUCCCGAGGGUGUCAGCUGGAUAGCUGGAUGAUACGCGCGAAGAAACAGUCACAGGUGUGUUGUGGUGAACAGUGCAAGUACAGAGCGUGUAACGCGCGCAACAACAGUGAUCGGGAACAGUGAGUAGAACGUGAAGUGACAAAACACACAACAGUGUCAGCAGUGCGCAACGCGCUGAAUCGUUACGCAAAAGGCGGAAAACCAGUUUCUCCAGCAAAAGGAAAAGUGAGAAAUCCGGAUUCGGAAACGUCGUACGGCGCUGAAGGACAGGGAAUUGCGAAAUUCUGCUGUUUUUUGGGCUUAAAAGCGCCCCUACCGGAACCCAAACAGGAACGCUGGCAACACUGAUCCGCAAACGUCAACAUUCCCUUUUCGAAACCUUCCAGCCGUCCCAGCCCUAACCUCAGCGGUGACCGGUGGCGCCCUCAACAUUCCUUCCCCCGUUUCCGACAGGGAUUUCGAUUCUCUUCUUUUUUUGACAGCUGGGACCGUACGCGAAACGCGACCGUGUAAAUGCUUGGAGUUAGGAUGCUGAUGCUGCAUUAUAGCAAACAUGGCGAGUGCAUACUCCAGGAAAUCGGUGCAGCAUUCCGGGGCGAGCAUGCAACAGACCUUCUGCUGAUCUGCGAUGGCAAGGAAACGGUGCGGGCCCACAAGCUGGUCCUGGCGGCCGCCAGUCCCCUCAUCCGAAUGAUCCUGGAGGAGACGCCCGUGCUGGACGGGGUCACGACGGUGUACUUCCCGGAGGUGCAGGUCAGCUACUUCCGGCUGCUGCUGGACUUUCUGUACUCGGGCCAGGUGUACGUGCGGUCCGUCGAGGAGUACCACCACCUGCAGGAUCUGCUCGCGCUGCUGCAGAUCAAGGCCAGCAUAUGGAAAAACAGCGAUGGGAGUGAUGCAGGGGAACCCCGCAAAUCCGAGCCCCUGGUGGACAUCAACCGCAACACCGAGGGCAUCACCGGCUCCAGCGUAGUCCACCAGCACCCGUCCCGACGACGUCGCUCCAAAAGCCAGGACUCCCUGUCCGGGGACAGCGCCUCUGGCGGUGGUGGCACCGGCAGCCAAGCCGGCACGCCCAAAAAGGUCAGCGUCAAAAGCGAACGUCACUCGGCGGGAAGUUCGGUGGACGGCGAUGGGGACCGGGACCGCGAGGAAAACCUGGAAUAUCUGGACGAGGUUGAGGAAGCGAUCAUCAAGAGCAAUAACAACCAUCCCCUGCACCCGCAUCAGCACCAUCUGGUGGCCGGAAGUGGCGGUCAUCAUCAUCACCACCAUCACCAUCAUCACCAUCGGCAGCUGCAUCAGAUCAGUCGGCACGACGGCGAUGACGACGCCGGCGGGGGGAGCGGGAAUGACGGUGCGAGUGAGGGUGGCAGUGGGGAAAGUGGCCGGGCUGGAUCGGUUGCGGGGGAGAGUGCCGGAGAUCGACCAACGCCGACGAAUUUGAGCAGCGGAGGGGGUGGGGCAGGAAGUGGACGCCGAAGUGGGAGCGGAGAACCGACGGAACCUGCGGAAGACGACGAGGACUACGAGCUGGACGUGGAAGAUCGGGGUGGUGAUGGGGACGAAGCGGCUGGCGAGGGAGAGACACGAUCGCGACGAUCGGAUCCUUCGGCGAACCGGAGACGAAGUUCGUCCGACCCGGUGAACCUGUCGAUCGUGAAGCAACAGCAGGACGUGGAUUCGGACGAUGCGAACAUCGACGUGGAGACGAUAGGAACUGCGACGACCAAGACCCUCCUUCCGCCGCGCUACCUGGACCCGUUCCGGACCAAGCGGAAAGCGGCCGCGUACUACAUCCACCCGGCGGACGCCGAAGCGCUGAAGCCGAUGGAUCACGAGGGGCUGCUGCACAACUCGCCCGACAAUUAUGUGGUGACGCCGCACCGGAAGCGCCGGCCCGGCUUCCACAACUCACCCGCCCAGAAUCCGCCGUUCGUGCCGAGCUACCUGGAUGAUUUGAGGGCGCGCAGCAAGUGCUUCCUGUCGGCACCGCCAACGUACCUGCCUGAACUCCGACCCGGCUCCCCAACGUCGGUCCGACACGCCGAGAUCGCCGCCGGCCUUUCGAACAACAACAACAGCAGCAGCAACAACAAUAACAACAACAACCGGAUACGUCCGCCCAGCGCGGACAACAAGCUCGCGGUGGCCCCCUUUGUGUACCCGUGGCCAACGGCCGCCCUAGCCGGUCUUCCGGGCGGUCCGAGCGACCUGCUGGGACUGCCGUACGUCCACGGUGGCGGCCCGAACGCCGAGACGAGUCCGGCGGAUUUGCUGCAGCAGAUGAAGAACUUUGAGAACAGCCAGGCGGAGCUGAGCGCGCGGGCUUCGGCGGCCGCAGGAGGUGGCGGGGGAAGUGGGGGGAAUGGUUCCGGGAGUGGGGGAGUCGCGAGUGGUGGGGGUGGUGGGAGUAUGGGUGGCAACACGGCCGUGCGGGAAUAUCGCUGUGAGUACUGCGGCAAGACGUUCGGCAUGAGCUGGAACCUGAAGACGCAUCUGCGGGUCCACACGGGGGAGAAGCCGUUCGCUUGCCGGUUAUGUGUGGCCAUGUUCAAGCAGAAGGCUCACCUGUUGAAGCAUCUGUGCUCGGUGCAUCGGAACAUAAUCAAUGCGCCGGAAGCGGGCGGGAGGUACACGUGCUGUUUCUGCUCGCUGGUGUUUGAAACGCUGCAGGAACUGGUCCGGCAUCUGUCCGGCCAUCACAACAACCUGCUGCUGAGCAAGAACCUCCACGAAUGAUACCAGCUGGCUGUGUCGCCGGAGGACGAAGAGGAAGCCGAACGGUUCCGUCGCUUCUGCUGCUGGAGGCUGGAGAUGUACACCGCAACGCGUCUGUAAGAUACGGAGUUCGUCGUGGCCCCACUGCUGUGAUACGAGGUUUUCCGCCAACCUUAGCUGAAAGGGCCUCGACUCAUCCCCACAGCCCACACACACACACACACAAUCCCUACAAACAACCUUUGUAACCUGUUAAAAGACAGACCACGUGGUGGUCUCUACCUUUUGGAUACUCGAGUAUACGCCACAAACCCAAUUUACCAACUAUUACAAACACACACACAACAUAGACACAACCGGAAAGAAUUGUAACCAAUAGACAGCAAACAGAACACAAGCAGACCGGACAGCAAGAGUGAGAAUUAGAAAGAAAGAGAGAGAGAGAUUAUUGUUUGUUUUUGGCUCCGCCUACUUGCGCUGCAGGCGCUUUAUUUUUAUUUUUAUUAUUUGUUAAAGACGUCAUUGUUUUCUAUUAUUAAAGUAUUGUCAACCAAUGUUGACACUAAAACAACACACACACACGAGCACAAUUUUGUUAGGCGCACAAAACACUUAAAAUGGUUAAGUAUUUCUACUUUUUUGGUUCGUUCGUUUCGGUCUUUCAAAUAUUUUUUGUUGAUGGAAAUAUCGCACACAAUUUCAAAUCUUCUUUCUUUGCUUUAAUUUUAAAUUACACGUUGACAAUAGAACGCUUGCGCACAAAACAAGGACUGUUGUAAACUGUGAAUGAAAUGCUGGAGGGAGAGAACAAUAGCGAAAACUGUCAGUUUGUGCUAAACAAAAUGGCGUAGCUGUUUGAAGGAGGCAUCGAAUGGAAUUCAAGAGUGGGUCUCUAACUUUUAAAGCGGUAUGCGCACUUCGGAAGGAACCGGUGAAAAAAAAUUCAAAUGGGCAGCAGCGGCAGCGAAAGCAAGCUAGAGAGAGAGUGAGGAAAAGUUCCAAUAAAUCGUUCCCUCUCCUUUGUUCUGCUUGACCCCUUUUCUUGGGAGGUGCGUAUUGGCCCAAAACAUUGCCUACUGUGCCAAUUAUUUAAGGGUUGAGUAUUUCCCUUUCCUUUAAACUUCAAGCAUGAAAAUGAAAUCUGAUUAACUGUUUUUAGUAGUUAAACGAAUUUUAUUUGAUUUAGAAUUGCAGUUUUUUUGUUCAAAUUUUCUAAUUUUAUUAUUAUUACAUUUUUGCCAGAAUUAUAAAAUAGUUUUCAAAUAUUUUUUUUUUAUUUCGCGAGGAAAAUGUUGUUUAAUUGCAAAAAAAAAAACAAAAACAAAGAUGAGGUAAUAUUUUAAACGACGAAUAAACUUUUUUUUCUGUUGCUUGUAAAACAAAUUUUGAUUUUUUUUAAAUGUUAUAAUAUAUUUUCUUAUUGAAGAAAUUAAUAAAUUUGGAUCAGCUGUCGGAAUACACUUCAAAUAACAAAAAAAGAAUAUUAAUUUUUUUUAUAAACUUUGAAAAACUCUCAUUUUGUUUUUUAUUAAUCUAUUUUUUAACGUUUCGAUAGACUUUAAACUGUUCCAAUGUUUGAAAAUAUUAAAUUUUUUUAUAUCAUGUCAAUUAGGUGUUCUGAUAGCUGAAUUUACUUACUAAAUUUGAAGGCUAAAUGUCAAUAAUUUUAAAAACUUGAAAAAGUCAAUAAGUUCGUUUCCAAAACUCUUAGUUCGUUUUGAUUAUAAAUAAAUUUUUCAUUUGUUUUCAAGUAUAAAUUUUGAAAAAAAAAAUCAAAGAUAUUAUGUCCAAUUGCAGAGCAGAUUCAUUAAUUCGAAUUUCGAACUUAUUUGGAUAAAAAAAAACACUCAAACGUCAAAAGCAGUUGUCAAACCCCAAUGUCAAACGAUUUCCGAGCACGUAGUAUUCGAAGUAUGUAGAAUAGAUAAGGUAAAACGGGUUUUCCAGCUAUCAAAAACUAGUUAGCAAGAAACCAGGAUUUAAAUAAAGAUUUUUAUAAAAGUGAAAAUUUGAUCAUUUUCCGGGAAAAUUUCAGCACAUUUUUUUCUAAAGAAUUGUUCAGCAUGCCGAACUCAACCAAAAAACGCUUUCAGUUAAAUUUAAUUUUAAAAAAUAAAAAAAAAAACAUAUGUUCAUUUUGGUUUAUUUUGGCAUGCCAAAAUAAAUCCUUCGAAAAAUCCGGUGAAAUUUCCGUGGAAAAUGAUCAUUUUUUACUUUUUCUAAAAAAAAUGCCUGUAAAAUCCGGUUUUCUUGCAAACUAUUGUUUGACAGCUGGAAACCUCACCUUACCUUUUCUUAUCUAUAUACCUUGCGUAGUUUCAAGCUUUUGACAGCUGUCAGUCGUUCCAAUUAACGAAUCUGCACUGUACUCGAAUUUUGAUAGAUUUGGUUAAUGUGAAAAGUAGUUUAUUCAAAAUCAAUUUUGAAAAAUUAUUUGCGGUAUUUUAAAAUUGAAUGAAACUUUAAAAUAGGUUACAUAUAUAUUAUAUAAAUUACUUUGAUUUACUCAUUUUUUUGUCAUUCACACGUGGAAUGCAAAAUCGGGUUUUUAAAAACUAUUUUAAUAUGGUCGUGAUGAAAUAAUUAUAAAUUCAAAUUAUGAAAACAGACUUUGAAAAUAUCUAUUUAUUGUUUGUUUUAGUUUAUGUCUAUUUUUAAAUUCUGGAAGCUAAAAAACAAAAAGUUGCAAGAUUAAUUUAUUCCUUUUUCCAAAUUUAUUUAUUUUUGAUUUGAAAUUAAAAUGUUUUAAAUAGUAAAUUUCUCAGAAAAAAAUUGUUUAGCAUAUUUGGAGUAUUUUCAAUAAAUAUAUGUUGUUAAUAUCACCUAUUUUGAACAUUAUAAUUUUUAAUUAAAAAAUAAUAUUGAAAAAUAUUUCCGGAACUCUAACAAUCACUGAAACAUCUUCAGAAAUUGAUUCCAAAAAUAUUUAAACCUUGAUGUGCAAAACUAAUUUCUGAAAUAUAAUCUUUCAUUCAUGAAAUUUGAUAAAUUUAAUUUCAAUAUGAGUAAAGGAACUUUUUGAUAAUUUUUUAUGUUUUUGUCUAGAUUAAUGAUAAAUUUGCUUGAUUUUACUUCUUCAAUUGGCAUCAGUACGGCAAACUAACACUGACAAGCAUACUCGAAAAAACAAUACACACAUAACUCAAAACUAAAAUUUGCUAGUUUAUAAGAUAAAAAGACAACUCAAACAAGACAAGCGCAACAUUUAACAUUUAAAACAUUUUGACUCGAACUUUCGUAAGCGUGUGUUUCGAUUCCCUCCCCACCACCACCACCUUUCCCUCGAUCCAAGAUUAAAUCGACUAAUCCUCAUUAAUCGUGUAAGAAGCAACACGCGCAUAUGCAGCUAAAUGAAACAAAUAAUUGAAGAAGAAAAAAAUGUUGUGCGAAAAAUGCGUGAGCGAGAUAUACUUUAAAAUAUAUAGUAAACCAAUGGUACAAAUUACAUUUGUAGAGAAGCACACAAAAGAGAGAAAACAUUAAAUCGACAAAAGAAAGAAGAGAACCUUAAAAAUCUCACAAUCAUUCCGUUCGCAAUAGAUAGAUGUUUUAAGUAUGUCGUAUUUUUUUUUUUUUGUUUCAUUCUCCCAUUUAAAGCAAGCAAUCGCACACAAACAAGUUCGAGAGAAAAAAAAGUAUUAAACUGACAAUAAACCACGAAAACACACACCGUGCGAAACGAGAACAAUAGAAGCCAAUGGUUGCUUCGAUCGGCCGGCCCCAGAACCAGUAGAAAAUAUUACUUAACUUUUAGGAAAUGUUCUAUUUUUUCGAAAAAUUGUUGUGAGCUCACACACACACAAAUGCAAUGUUGUACAGCUUUUUCUUUGAGUCCCUCCCCCCUUUUUCCACCCAUUUUCUUCCAUUAUGUAUUAGUAGUUAGAUUUAUGUAUUUAGGCAAGUAAUUUGUGUAAAUUUUUGUCACCUUAACUAGUGUUAAACGAAUGCUCUUUUGUUCAUAGUUUAAAUAUAUAUAUUUUCUUAGGCGAGUAAUUUUGUUCAUAUUAUAUAAAUAAAUAAAUGUAUCUAUUUUUCUCCGUGUACAUAUAGUGAUUUAAUAUUUAAUAAAUUAAAGCAAAUAUAUAAAUGAAAGCGCAAUUGUUCAAACCAUUUUUGAAGGAAGAAAUUCUCAGUCCGUUAAAAAGAAAUUAAGCAAACUUAACUAAGCAAAAAUAUACACACACACACACGCAUUGUUCCACUUCUUCCGAGCGAAAUCUUAACUUUAGAGUGUAACAUUACAAAAAGGCAUACUUAAUUAGGUACGAAAAUCCCCCAUUUAACGUGUAGUGUAUUAUGUAAAUGUAUUUCUUCCACUCGAGAGAAAUUGCUAGAGAGAGCAGCUGUAUAUUUACUUAAAAACGCUAAGCCUGCAAGCUUAGCUGGUAGUUGUAUAAAGAGGUUAACAAAAUAAACAAGAAAAUAAAAGAAAAGAAAUCUUACGCGCCAGCAACAAGAGUUAAAUAAAAAAAAAGACAACUUGACCACCAAAAAAAUGAAACAUUCGUUACUAUAAUACCUAGUAGGAAGAUAUCCGAUCCAUUUAAGAGCAACAAAAAAAAAUCUUUCUUAAACAAAGUAAAUCCUAGAAUUUAGUGAGACAUUUGUUAGCGUGUAAAUAUGAUUGUCGUCCCGCGAGAUAAAAACAAAACAAAAAAGAACGUUUCUUCAUCCCAACCACACAGACACACACACACAAAGACACAAAACAAACCAACCAAUCCAAGCAAGCAAUGCAAAAAGGGUCUCAUUUUGUUGUGUAACGAGUAAAGAGUUGUUGUUUUUUUUUAAACCCGCAAUUCCUUAAAUUAAUUCAAGCCAACCAACCAUUUGUAAAUAAAACACACACACAUGUCACCCACACAAACAAUAGUGAGCAAAAACCAAGCCGUCCGUUGUUGUUGGACGGGCAACUUCCACCGAAAAGCAGAGAGAAAGCAGAACAGAUAGUCUUUGUUUUUUUUAUUUAACGUGUAAAUUUUUUUUGUUUGUAAAACUAUGUUACUUAGUUCGUCCACACACACACAGCGCAAACAUAAACACACUUUCAUAAAAAUGUCGAAAAAAUUCCCGCUUUUUACUGUGUAAUUUUAACAACAAGGAUAAAAUAAAAAUAAAAGAAAAUUGCGAAAAUUACUACUAUUAAAGCUAUUUUAUUAGAAAUUUGUGUAUAGAAGCCAAAAGCAAGCGAGGAAGACAACAAUAUGCAAACAGCAAGAGUAUAAAACAAAAGUAAAAACAAUCUUUAAAUUGUAAGCUGUUGGCGAGUGGGAUGAAAUGAUAGAGAAAGCGAGUGUGUUUCCAAAAACAAAACAAUUGUAAAGAACGCGAGCGAGAGUGUGAGUGCGGAUGAUGGAAAAUUAGUGACAUAGCCAAUAAAAUUGAAAAAUUGAAAA